AUGACGGCGAAUGCUUUUGGUAUACAUCAGUGUACUGUAUCAAAGAUUAUCCUUGAAGCUUGUACAGCUAUAUCUAACCAUCUCUCUCCUAAAUAUAUCCAUCUACCCCAAACAGAAGAUGAAAUAAAAGCUAAAGUCGCAGAGUUUGAAGCACGUUUUGGCAUGGUACAGGCGUUUGGAAGCAUUGAUGGCACACAAAUUCCAGUUCUAAGACCAAUUGUUGACUCUGAAGGUUAUUUUAAUUAUAAACAAUUUUUCUCUAUCAGUGUACAAGCAGUGUGCAAUGUUAAAGGCUAUUUCAUGGAUGUAGAGUGCAGAUGGGCAGGUAGUGUCCAUGAUGCAAAGGUAUUUUUAAAUUCCUUUGUAAGCAAUAAGUUACAAUCUGGUGAACUACCUCAAACCUUCAACCAUCUACUACCUGGUCAUAACCCUAUUCCAAACUAUGUUAUUGGUGACCCUGCUUAUCCUUUAACACCACAUUGUAUAAAAGAAUUUCAGUCAUGCAAGACUGAUGCCGAGGUGAUUUUUAAUAACAUGUAA